AUACAGUCGACACGAAUUUCACCUCGGCGCCCUCUCUCUCUCUCUCUCUCUCUCUCUACCCCCCAUAUAAAGUGGCGCCUCCUCCCCUUCCGUCUCUCGACUCUCUCCCUUCUCUCUCUCUCUCUCUUCACAGUUCAGUCUACCGUAUUAAUCGCACCCACACGCGCGCAUACGACCUCACCGGACUCCGAUUCCGGUCGCCGGAGUUUUCCCAUGCUCCUCGUCCAGCUGGAAGAUCACGUGAUUUCCGUUAUUAAUCACGCGUCCAAUCGCAACGGUGUUCGAUUGUCCACCCUCGGCUCUGGAGCGGCCUCUGAAGAUUUAUUCUAGUUUUAAUCUGGCCUAUUGAUUCCAGCAUGUUAUGAGAAUGCAUUCGAAGUGUAUCUGUCUAUGGCUACAGUUAAAUCAUGGAGAUGGAUGCUGAGGAAAAGACACAUAUUGUUUGACGGGGGAGCAUGCGGAGUCAAAAUGAAACAGCUGCCUUUUCUGGGAAUUGUUUGUACAGUUAUGUUGUUCGUAGUGUAUAGAACCACUAAUUAUCAGUAUCGAGAAACAGAGAUGGACGAAAAAUUGAAUCCCUUCUAUACCUCAAAGGAUAUUGCGGCAGCUGUUAAUAGUUUGAGUAAUUUACCUCGUGGCAUCAUUCAAGCUAGGUCAGACUUGGAGUUAAAACCUCUAUGGCCAACAAGUAGUUCAAGGUCAAAGGUUAACAAAUCAAGCUCUCAUAACUUGCUGGCAAUACCAGUUGGUAUUAACCAAAAAAGAAAUGUUGACACCAUUGCUCGAAAGUUUCUUACAGAGAAUUUUACGAUUAUAUUAUUCCAUUAUGAUGCGAAUGUGGAUGGAUGGUGGGAUCUUGAUUGGACUAAGAAAGCAAUUCAUAUAGUUGCUUGGAACCAAACAAAAUGGUGGUUUGCAAAACGCUUUCUGAAUCCAGCUGUGGUGUCUGUUUAUGAUUAUAUAUUUCUUUGGGAUGAGGAUUUGGGUGUUGAUAAUUUUCACCCAGGAAGAUACUUGAAAAUUGUGAAAGCAGAAGGACUGGAGAUAUCUCAGCCAGCUUUAGACCCAAAUUCAACUGGUAUACAUCACAGAAUUACCAUACGCUCAAGAACAAAUAAGCUUCAUAGAAGAGUCUGGGAAGUUAGAGGCAGUACGAAGUGUUCAGAGGACAGUGAGGGGCCACCAUGCACUGGAUUUGUGGAAGGAAUGGCUCCAGUAUUUUCAAGAUCUGCGUGGCAUUGUGCUUGGCAUCUUAUACAGAAUGAUCUUGUUCAUGGAUGGGGAAUGGAUAUGAAACUUGGGUAUUGUGCACAGGGGGACCGAACAAGGAAGGUGGGAGUAGUUGAUAGUGAAUACAUUGUUCAUCAAGGAAUACAAACUUUGGGUGGAGCACCUGCAAGAAAGGCUUCAAAUCCUGAAGAAUCGGUGAAGAAACAAACGGUUGAUGUGAGAACUGAGAUAAGGAGGCAGUCGACAUCUGAGCUUCGACUAUUUAGAAAGCGCUGGGAACAAGCUGUGAAAGAGGACAAGAACUGGGUUGAUCCAUUUGGUAGAAGAAAGCGGAGGAGCAACCAACGGUUUUACCAGAGACUGCACAUUUGAGUGUGCUUUUCUGCCCUAGAAUCCUCAGCCCUCCCAGUGCACUUCUAGCCACAAUUUUGACUCACGAGGAUUAAGAUUGGGGGAUAUUGAGCUGAGAAUUACCCAUCUGGUGUUGGGGCUUAAGUUGGGGGUUCAACAUCUGUGAAAACGUGGUUCAAGCCUCUAGCCGAACCAUUCUGAGAAUGAUUUGGUCUUGGUUUUGUGAAAUUUGGCUCGCAAUAAAGCUAGGGUCCUGAUCGAGCAAGAUGUAACCAUUAGAAGCAGUU